AAGCUAGUUCCAUAUAGAACUAGUACUGGGACCUAUCGCUUCUGCCAUGCGAAGUCAAGCGAUCACUAGAAUCAUCCUGGGUCCUCGCACUUUUAGCACUCAACGCCCGAGCCACUUACAGAAAAUGCCACGUCUGAAUGCCGUCUCACAGGUAUGGCAGACCAUUUGGAGAACCCAUCUUCCUAGUUAAUGCAGGAAGAAAACGUUUUCCGUGAAUGAAUCCCAUAAUACCUGUUUUUAUGUUGUCUUGUGGAAACUUCUAUUGUUUCAUGAGUGAUUUUCAUCUACUUACAUAUUCUGCACCCCUGUUUUUGUUCCCCGCAUAAUCUACCGAAAGCAUGACAUGACGUAUUUGGGCUAACAACAGUCGGCCCCAUUACCUUUUACGCCAACAGGACGCGAUAGAUCGAUUAAGAUCGUAUAAGCCACCACCGACCAAUUAUGAGAUGGUCCCGUUAUCCCGACGAGCGGCGGUUUUGCUGUUGCUCUAUGCGGAUCCUAAAGGAGAUCUCCGGGUAGUUCUUACUAUGCGGGCAAAGACUCUAAGUUCGUAUGCUGGCCAAGCCGCGUUACCUGGUGGCAGGGCCGACUCACUAGAAGAAACCCCAUUUCAAACAGCGCGACGCGAGGCGCACGAAGAGAUUGGUCUGCCAGAUAAUGACAAGUCGCUCCCUCAGCCCUUUGUCGUGGAGCAUCUCUGCGAAUUGCCGGCUAAUCUUGCGAGAACAGAGCUUGUGGUCCGCCCAUGUGUAGCACUACUUCACUCAUAUGAUGAGAAGACCGGCCAGAAUGCUGACCCUGAAGUGACAUUGAUCCCGAAAUUGGACGCCAGGGAAGUUGCGGCGGUAUUCACGGCGCCAUUUCACAAUUUCUUACGCAUGAGCGAUGAGGGUAACUGGGGUGGAAGUCCAUCCGAUUGGUAUCAAGGUGCUUGGACGGAGUGGCACCAGUCCAGUUGGCGCAUGCACCAAUUCUUCGUCCCUGUUCGGCCUCAGUCGGUGGUCAAGCCCCGCACUGCCAGCAAACGACAGAAAGAUGCUGCUAAUGCUCUGGAAGAAAAAGAAAAGCCUGGUGUGUUGACACGUUAUCGGGUUUUCGGAAUGACGGCUCGAAUGCUGGUGGAUGUUGCGCGGGUCGCAUACGCAGAAGAGCCGGAGUUCGAACAUAAUAGCCACUUUGGCGAUGAGCGUCUUAUCGCCCAGUUGCGGAAAAUGGGACGGCUAAGUCCUCUCCGAAAGUCUGGGGAUAUUCUUACACGAGAGGAUAUGGAGAAAGCUGCCAAGCUCAGCUAAUCCAGGCGAUAUAUCCGUAUGUUGCAUGUACCUACGAUGUGAAUGAUUUAAUACAGAAAGGUGCUCACACACUUGGGGAAGCAUAUUAAGAUUAGGAUCAAUGAAAGCAUCACCCCUUUCUGAAAGAGCAUGGGACUCAUGUUGUACAGGUGCCCCUUCCAUAUUUAGG